CUUUCUUUUCUUUAUUGGGGGCUUAAUUGUUAAAUACAUAGAACAAGAUCAAUCAUUAUUAUUAAAUGGUCCAUAUUUAAAGUUAUUAUAUAGUGGCUACUUUAUGUAAAUUGAUUAACCAUCACAUAAUAAUCCUAAUUUCAUCCUCAACUUUACUAUAAAAAGAUCUAGAACGGUAUACUAAUUAAUAUGUGAACGAAUAUAUAAAUUUGUUAGUAUAAAUUGCAAAUCAUAAUCAAGUAAGAAUUAUUCAACUAAAAAGAUGAGUCUUAAGCGUAAGCUAGAGGGCGAAGUAGAGAUAAGAGCAGGCGCAGGAGAUGUGUACCAUGAAAUAUAUGAGAGUAGACCUCACCAUGUAUCUCAUGCUGCUCCUCAUUUCGUUGAAAGUUGUGAUGUGGUUGAGGGUGAAUUUGGUAAGCCUGGCUCUAUCAUCCUUUGGAAGUACAAAACAGGUGGAAAACCUCUUGUAGCAAAAAUUUUAGUUGAAGAAAUUGACAAGGAGAAGAAAUUAGUGAAGCAUAAAUGUAUUGAAGGUGAUAUGCUAGAUGAUUACAAGACCAUUUCCGGAACAGGCCAGGUGAUACCUAAGGACAGCGUAACGAGCAUCGUGAGGUGGACACUCGAAUACGAAAAACUCCAUCCCGGUGCCCCUGAACCAACUGCUUUGCUUGAUCACAUGCUUAAUGCUGCCAAAGACAUCGAUGAUCAUCACCAUGGAAUUAAGAAGUAAACUAUACAGUUGAUUUGUAAUACAUACAUGUCUUAAAGUAAAGUAUAUUUUGUGCAUAAUAAGGCUUUUACGUCAUAAGUCAUCCGUUAUGUAAACGUGUUUGCCUUGUGGUACCAAGAUGUAUGCUAUAAUUAUUGUUGCUUGGAAUAAUUUGCUUCAUAAAUCAUGUACCGCGGCCACUACUUGGUGUGUAUUUAUACAACAAUGUGUUUUGUGU